AUGGUCAACCAUGCCUUCCUUCUCGGUGCCCUUGCUGCCACAGUAACUGGCGUUGUUGCCCAAGACAACGUCCGCUUCGGCAAUGCCUUUUCCCUCGGCGCUACAACCUCCUACAUCAUUGAAGCAGAAACCACUCUCUACCCUGGCAAGACCCAAAGCGGCGAUACACCUCGUCUAGCCCUCUGGCCCGGCAUGGGCACUGAUCAGGGCCAGCUCAUCCAAGCGAUCGUUCUGGGCUCUACCGAUGCCCAAGGCCAAAACUGUGGUGGUAAACCACAUGUGAGUGGUCAAUGGUGUGUCUUCGCCAGUGCACUGCAAAGUGGCACACAACUCCAAGGCGCCACCUUCCCCAUCAACUCGAACCAGGGUGCUAAGAUUCAUUGCAACAACACAGACAAGUAUGAUCAAGCAACAGGUAUCACCGCCCAAACCGUCAGUGUCGACGGCAAGGUUGUCUCCACUCUAUCGACCAAGUCCGGCAAGGCUAUUGGAUUUGGAACAGCCGAGGAGGCUCAAGAUCAGUUCAAAGGUGUUGUGUAUGAGCACUCGUAUGUCAACACUACUGUUGUUCUCGCUGCUGCAGACCCUCACUUCGCUGCUACUUUGGUCAAGAACGGAGCUACUGGUAGUCUCGUCACCAAAGACAACAAGACUUUCAAGGUCGACAAGAUUACCAUCGCUCAGCACAGCUUCUAA